AUGGCAACCCGAACAGCUCUCAGAAGAGCGCUCCCUUCAAUACGGAGCGCCAUCACACAUCCCGAGCAACAAUCACGAUUUUUACGGUCCUUUUCGACCACUGCCCCAUGCCCAGCACCGAAUCCCUCCUCCUCAACGCCCGACUAUGCCAUUCCCGACCCGUCCCGGCCAACACACUUUGGCUUCGAGACAGUAACAGAAGCUGAGAAGCGGGAGCGCGUGGCAGGCGUCUUCACCAGCGUAGCCGAGUCAUACGACCGCAUGAACGAUCUCAUGUCGUUUGGCUGGCAUCGCGUGUGGAAAGACCACUUCGUCGCGUCGCUGAACCCCGGCUUCUCCCCUCUCACCUCCACCUCCGACCCCCUCGGCCCACAGCACAUCCUCGACAUUGCCGGCGGCACCGGCGACAUCGCCUUCCGCCUCCUCCACACGGCCCACGUGCUCAACCGCAACCCCUCGGUCCGCGUGACCAUCUCCGACAUCAACCGCGCCAUGCUCACAGUUGGCAAGCAGCGCUCGACGCUCCUCCCAGCCCCGCAGCAAGCCGCCCUCAGUUUCGUCGAGGCCAACGCCGAGAAUCUCUCCCUCACCCGGCCCCUACACCCCUACCCCUCCGCCGCGGAACCCACGACGCACGACAACCAAGGCAACCAAGAACAAGCCUUCUUCGACCCGUCCACGGCAACCUCCUCGAUCCCCGACUCCAGCGUCGACCUCUACACGGUAGCGUUCGGCAUCCGCAACUUUAGCAACAUCCCCGCGGCGCUGCGCGAGGCGCACCGCGUGCUCAAGCCUGGCGGCGUGUUCGCCUGCCUCGAGUUUAGCAAGGCCAACAAGCACCCGCUGUUCAACGCGGUCUACAAGGAGUGGUCGUUCCGUGCGAUCCCGUUGAUUGGGCAGCUGGUGGCUGCCGACCGGGAUAGCUACCAGUACUUGGUCGAGAGCAUCGAGCGGUUCCCGAGCCAGGCCGAGUUCCGCGACAUGAUUGUCGACGCCGGCUUCGUGGUGGCUGGGGAAGGGUACGAGAAUCUGACGGGCGGUGUUGCUGCUAUACACAAGGGGAUGAAGCCUAGGGCUGAAUAG